AUGGCAGCUCAGUCAGCCUCCCUUCCACCGCCAGUGUUCAAUGGUGACCAAUACCAUAUUUGGGCUGUUAGAAUGAAAGCAUAUCUAAGAGGGCAGGGGCUUUGGCAGUAUGUUGAGGAAGGGAAACAACCUCCGCAGUUGGGUCCAAACCCCACUCUGAAUCAAAUGAGGCUGUAUGAAGAAGAAAUGUCAAAGGCUCCAAAGGCUCUAUCUCACAUACAUUUGGCAAUGACAGACCUUGUGUUUACAAGGAUAAUGGCGUGUGAAAUAGCAAAAGAAGCAUGGGAUAAAUUGAGAGAGGAGUUCAUGGGAAGUGAUACAACAAGGAACAUGCAAGUGAUGAACUUGAGGAGAGAAUUUGAGAUGUUGAGAACGCAGGAAGUUGAGAAAGUGAAAAAAUAUGCGGAUAGGCUUAUGAGCAUGGUUAAUAAGAUCAGGCUACUUGGAGUAGAAAUGAGUGAUAAGAUGAUUGUUGAAAAGGUGCUAGUAAGCUUACCCGAGAGGUUUGAAUCCAAGAUUUCCUCUUUAGAAUACUCCAAGGACCUGUUACAAAUUAGCCUCACAGAGUUAGUCCAUGCACUGCAGGCUCAAGAACGAAGAAGAUUAAUGAGGUAG